CCGCUUUUUGCUCUCGCCUUCAUCUGAAUCCAUCGCUCAUACUAGUCACUCGCUUGCUACUAUGCCGAUCUCAAAGAUACACGUCGAUGCCAUCCUCUUCGACAUGGAUGGCACUCUCAUAGACUCGACUGCCGGUAUCAACGGUGCUUGGGAAAUAUUCCACAAGGACUAUCCACAUAUGGACAUGGACAAGGUCCUCAGUACUGCACACGGUUUCCGCACCGUUGACAACCUCAGAAUACACUGUGGCCUGACAGACCCUGAGACAAUCGAGAAAGAGGCAGAACGCUUCGAAACGGCCAUCAUAGAGGCUGCCCGUCGCCCGGGAAGCCAGGGCAUCGUCAAGCUUCCGGGUGUGAAGGAGAUCAUGGACGAGCUCGCCCCCGCCAGACAUCUACCAAAACCUCUCUGGGCAGUAUGCACGUCUGCGACCCGCAAAUAUGCGUCGCCAGCCAUCGCGGCCGCGGGUAUCGCUGAGCCAGAUGUCUUCAUCCGCUCGGAAGAUGUUGAGCGUGGCAAGCCCAACCCGGAUCCCUACCUCGAGGGCGCGCAUGGAUGUGGCGUCAGUCCCGACAAAUGUGUCGUUGUAGAGGACACCCCGCCUGGCAUUCGUGCUGGCAUUGCAGCAGGGGCCAUUACCAUCGGCCUGUUGACGACCCAUAGCCGCGAGGCCAUGCUUGCUGCCAACCCGACUUACCUCGUCAAGGAUCUUUCCAGCGUUACGGUCAAGCGCUCACUGGAGGGUGGCGUUGACUUGACUAUUGAUCACGAGUAAUAGCUACGCCGAUCUUCCGGGGAUCGACAAUAUCAGCGUCCUGCAGUAACAAGAAGUAUAGAACUGCUCCUUGAAGUCCUCCAAGGCACGAACCUACCGAACCAGCUAAUCAAACUGUGAAUUCCCUGGGAACGCGUCACU